AACUCUCACCUUAACCGGACGAAAUUUAAUUGAUUAUUAAACCAGAAAAUUUGCGGAUAGCUCGACUGAUAGAAUAUUUCGGCGCAUCGUUGGCAAUCGUUGGAUGAAGACUCUGAUUUGAACGCGGUCCGCCGUGACGCAUCGUUUCCGCAACGUCAGUCGCUCUCGUGUUUCUAGCGAAAGGGAAAAUGUCGGCGUGUUAGUGGGGUUUUCUUGUGCCAGCCAGAGAGUGCUACUUUUUGGCUACGAGAUUUCGUAUGCAUAUUUUCUAACGGGAAGUAGGUCCAGCCAUCGGUACGGCUCCGAGAAGGCACACCGUCCUCGUGUUUGCCAGUAAAUGGCGUGUAUGUCCCAUCGGGUACGCUCAGUACUUUAAAUCAGUUGGCGAUGUCAGUGGUAAAGACUGAUUUUAUCGUGGGCAGCAAGUACAGGCUGGUGAGGAAGAUCGGCUCGGGAUCCUUUGGCGACAUAUACCUCGGUAUCAACAUCUCUAAUGGCGAGGAAGUUGCUGUUAAAUUGGAGAACAUGCGUGCUCGGCAUCCGCAACUCCUAUAUGAAUCGAAAUUAUACAAAAUUUUACAUGGAGGUGUAGGAAUACCUCACAUACGUUGGUAUGGACAAGAACGUGAAUAUAAUGUACUUGUUAUGGACCUUCUGGGUCCAUCCCUCGAGGACCUUUUCACAUUCUGUUCGAGAAGGUUCACAAUUAAAACAGUUCUAAUGUUGGCAGACCAAAUGAUUGGUAGGAUCGAGUAUGUUCACUGCAAACAUUUUAUCCACAGAGAUAUCAAACCAGAUAAUUUCUUAAUGGGUAUUGGUCGUCACUGUAAUAAGCUGUUUCUUAUUGAUUUUGGAUUAGCUAAAAAAUAUAGAGAUAGUCGCACAAGAAUGCAUAUAAUAUACCGAGAAGAUAAAAAUUUAACGGGCACUGCAAGGUAUGCUUCAAUCAAUGCACAUCUUGGAAUAGAACAAAGUCGUCGCGACGAUAUGGAAUCCCUUGGUUACGUGCUUAUGUAUUUCAAUCGGGGAUCCUUGCCCUGGCAAGGACUUAAAGCUGCUACUAAAAAGCAGAAAUACGAGAAAAUCAGUGAAAAAAAGAUGUCCACGCCUGUGGAAGUUUUAUGUAAGGGAUUCCCUGCUGAAUUUGCAAUGUAUUUAAAUUACACUCGAGGUUUGCGCUUUGAAGAAAGUCCAGAUUACAUGUACCUACGUCAACUUUUCCGUAUACUUUUCCGUACGUUAAAUCAUCAAUAUGACUACACGUUUGACUGGACGAUGUUAAAACAAAAAACAACACUUCCUACGACCGGAGCAGGUUCUUCCUGUUCGGUAGCAGUCCCACAGGUUGCUCAAGGGCAAGGGCAAGUCCUUGGUCAGACAACUGCUAAAGCCAACGAUCCAUCAGGGGCACGUUAAGACUAUAUUCAUAUGUCAUUGCAUCAAUCCUAUUUUCAGUCGAUUGUGUCCAAGAUCAGGUACACGACUUUGUACGAAAUGCCAUGCAAAGAGUUAAAUCAAUCAACCCUCUAAGUUUAUACACAUAAAGGAGGUGUUAUGCGAUGACUAUAGCGUAUCGUACACAAUAAAGAACAAUGCCACGGAUACACGUUUCUGAAUUCACUUCUGAACAGUGAAAAAAUACUUCCGUGUAUUCAUUCUCAGUUCUUAGAGUUUUGGUUGAUCCACCUCUUUGGGCUUAAAACUCCAAGUGGUGGCUUGUUCUUAAUUUGUUAAGAUCUAUUUAAUUCACCGUUGAAAUAUUCGAAAUAAAGAUUUUGAUGCCCCGGAGACCUCUGCAAAGGAGUACACAACAGUGUAAUGUGUGAUUUAAUCGAGAAUUCGACACAUAUAAUUUUCAUAGAAAGAAAGAGAGGCAGCGUACUAACGAGUCGUAAAAAUAUUCGGGGUAAUCAAUUAAGUAAUUAUAUAAAAUUUUAUAUCUAUUCUGCAAAUAGAAAGAAAAGUAUGCGAGAACAAGUGAAUGAGUGAUCAUGUGCGAGGAUGAAAGAGAUUAUAUGAAUAAUUGUACUGAGAAUGAUAAGUAUAGUGUUGCUUCCCGAUUUUCAUUUCAAUCUCAGUACAAUAAUAGUAUAAAUAUGUGUGUGCAUCUAUGAGAGGAGAAAUGUUAAUAUUUUUCUUACAUAAGCUACCGUGUCAACAGUAUCAAAGAUCUCCCUUUGAUAUUAUUGACCCUGAUAACAACUUUUUUUUUUAUAUAAAUAUAUAUACAUAACGUAUACAUAGACUCAUACAUGCGUACAUGAGAGUAAGUGACAGUAUCACGGAAGUAAAUACUGGCAAUUAAUAUUGAAGUACGUUAAUAUUAAGGCAGCAAUUUAACUUUUAGAUACAUUGUAUCAAUCAAGAAAAUGAACAAAUUUCAAAAUGAUUUCGUCCUGAAAAAAUUUGCUUCUUCACUCUCUUUCUUUCUUUGGCUAUAUUUAGUCCAUAAACAAAACAAAUAUUGAACAAACUCUUUUUGUACUGGAGAUGGAUUGCAGGAUUGUCUUUUAAACGAGUAAUUGACUCGUUGUGAAAAGUAGAAAUAUGGAAAUAGAAGAGUAGGAGUUGGUUGUGUCUCGAUUGAAAAAUAAUACUGUAACCGGAUUCAGCCGAAAGACUUCUUCCGUAUAGUUUUAAUGGCAGAGACUGUGCAGUGGUAUUUUCCCGUGCUAUUGCUUCGAUGUUAAGUUUAUAAGGCGUGACUUAAAAAAGAAAAAACAUUAAUCGAUCAGUUGAUCGAUUGUUAAAUAUGUAUAAUGAAACGUCUAAUGUGAAAGUCACGCGCAACGCGUACGCCGAUUAGGGAGGAGUUCAUGAAAACUCACUUCUGUCAUUGAAAGUUUUCGUUCACAUUAACCAUACUAUUAGUAGUUACGUCAAUAUUCACGCGUCCAUGUUCCACGCACUACUUCCAAAACGUUGUAUAAUCACAGUCAUUGUUAACUCAUCACUUGUCCUGUUUCGUGGAGACAUUUUAAAGGAAACGUCCGGUCAGCCUUAGUGGAAUUUAUUAAUACAAGGAUGAGCACGACUGGAUUUUAUGUUUAUUAUUAUUAUUGUAUUUCUAAUGGACAACACAUUGUUUCAUGAAGUUUCUGGACAGUGAUUAAAAGAAGGAGAUAUAAUCAUUAACGAG